UCAACUAAGGGAAAUCACUUCAUUCAAAUUCCGCAAAUUUCGACUUACUUCCCUUGCCGGAAGUAUUUGUAACCAAGGUCGUUGUGCAGGUGCGCGUUGUUUGUACACAGAAAUCCAGGUGACAAAAUAAUAGAAAUUCGAAAAGACUUAAUCGUCUGUCAGUGACUUAACCAAACCUUGAACCAUGCCGCGUCCCAGGUCAGCUAGGUCAGACAACAGUGAUGGCGAUAUGGAAGGGUUGGCAGAGCAGGAGUUGCUCAAACUGCAGAGACAGUACCGCAUCAUGGAGGGGGACAGGGCUGCAUAUACUGAGGAAUCCCAAAAUGUCAUCAGAAAACAGAAAGGAGAGAUAGGUCAGCUGGAGACUGAAAAGCAAGAGCUUCUCAAGGAGCUCCGUCUUGCUGAGAGUCGCAGUAACCAGGUGAUGGAUGAGGACCAUACUGACACUCUUGUCACCCUUGCUGAUGCCAAAGAGGAUUAUGACAAGGAGAUUGAUGAUGAGAAGAAGAAGUCAACAGAACUUGAUGCCAAGAUCCGGGAGUGGGAACGAAAGAUCAAGCAACAACAUAAGAACAUGGGUGGUGUUCACAUGAGUUCUCAGCACACCGUACAGACACAGAAGACCCUUAGGACACUGGAAAACAGGCUUGAUCAGUCCAAGAGGAAGUUCAACUCUAUCCUGACUGAGAAUGCACGUAUGCGAGAUGAGAUAGAGAGUCUCCGUGUGGAGAGGACGCGGUUCGACCAGCUGUAUAAGAAACUGGACAAGGAGCUUACCUCACUUAGGAGAAAUAAGGGACAACUGAUCGAAGAGUCCACACAGGCCUAUGAUGCCAGAGACGAUGCCCAGCAGAAGAUGAUCAUACUGAAGGAGAAGGCCGAUAAGGAUCUGCAGCAGCACAAUGCGGAGAUGAAGGAGUUAUUACGCAUCAUUGACCAUGACCGAUCACUCCGUGUCUUCAUGGGCAUUAAGGGGCAGGAGCGACAAGAAGACCCACAGCUGGUGAUCUGGAGGCAGAGGAAGGAGGCGCUGGAGGCUGAGCGUAAGAAGGAAAGCCAGGAAGACUCGGUGGAGACAUUUGAAGCUGCCUUUGAGAGGAUCAAGGAAAUGACUGGGCUAGAGGAUCUUGAUGAGCUGGUCAGAAGGUUUAUUGAGGUUGAAGACAAGAACUUUGCCCUGUUCAAUUACGUUAAUGAACAAAACAACGAGAGUGAACAACUCAAUGACGAUAUUGAAGAGAUCAGGAAUGAGAUAGAGAAGUUCAAGCUGCAGGGCAUCGAGCUGGAAGACCAGCGUAAAAUGAUCCUGAAGGAGCUUGAAGAAAAACAGACCACGAGCUCAAAGGAGGGAGAUGAAUACGAAAAGAAAUGUACAGAGAUCUCCAAGAUCAUUGAUCAGCUUAAACAAGGUAUUGAGUCAUUAUUUGGGAAGAUUAACUGCGACCGUUCAGCCAUCGAUGAGAUGUUGGGGGCGGCACAUGGCGUCACCGAUAGCAACAUGAUCCAAUACCUCGGCAUUAUAGAACAAAGAACAAAUGAACUCCUCGCAAUACAGAACUAUGUCAGUUCAAAGGAUAUGGAUCGGUAUGAGAAGGGACCCAGUCUGAUUGGUGAAGGCCCAGCAGCCCCUGCACCACAAUUACCUAUACUGCCACCAUCAGUUGGAGAUGAGUACGACAGUGAAGGUUCAGAAGGAAGUGAAGACGAUGCGCGACCAAUGACACGGAACGAACUUCAACGUAAGGUUAUGAAAACUGUCAAGAAACGGGAAUCUGCAGCGCGAAAAGAAGGAUUCCGAUAUGACCUUACCACCACACAGAAAAAGGGCAAAAAGGAUAAGAAAUAAAUUGGGAUAUUGAAUUGGACAUUUUCAUUAGCUGUUUUGGACAUUACAUGAUGUGCUGUUAUAUUGAGGGCUUAUUUUUAUAGUUUAAAAAAGGACUUAUAAAUCAUGUAUAUAUGUUGACAUCAAUUCAUUUUAUAUUUAAGCCACUAUGUGUAACAUUUAUUACCAACUUGUUUAUAGAUGUUGUAUAAUUCAAUUAAUACACUGCUGAAAAUUUGUUUUACAUUUUGUAAUAUGCAAACAUUUAACUUUAGUUAUACAUGUACCAUCUUAAAGUCUCUUAGUUUGCUCGAACUUAUGGUAUUUCUUUAACUGAUGCAUGUUUAUAUAGAAGUAUUUUUAAAAAUGCCAUAAAAUCUGUUCAGAAAGAAAGACACCUAAUUGUUGUAUGAAGUGAAGCACUGUUUCAUAUACCUUUCUUCCAAUCAACAAAACCUUGUCGAGUAUUAAUGACUACAUGUAUUGCAUUUUAUUUUUAUUUUCUGUGAUACUUUUUAUUUGAAUAUAUUUUUGUCAAAUACAAAAAUGUGUUACAUUGUUGAGAAUGGUUAAUAAUUAAGAAUUAAAGAUCAAAUAUU